AUAUACUGAGUAUGGGAACUCAGGUAAGCCAGCGUGCUUACAAUCAUCUACCUAUCGGAUAUUCAUCGAAGUCGGGCGCACUGGCAAACAGUGUUUGGAACACGCAAGGGUGGACUGUUCAAGAGUUCCUGGCUCCUAACAGUGUGUUCUUCUACCAAGCAGAUUGGACCUUCUGCAUCAAUGACUGUUCUCCCAAUCACACAGAGUGUCACUAUCAUGCAGGAGCUGGAGGAUGUAACAGGCAUAAAAGUACGCAACCUCAUCGCCUUUCGCGGGCAUGACAGGCGCGCGCGGGAAACCUUGAUGGGCAUUGAGUCAUAUCACUACGUUGCAGGAAGAUAUUUCGUACUCGUUAUCUUCGGCGUCCAUUCCCCUGAAAAGAAGCAAAACGCGCUCGGGCGGUUCUUACAGGAGAUCGUUGCUCAGUCGGGCGAUAUUACUGCCUUGGACUAGGUCGGACAAUCAUCCGACUUUAAUAGCUGUC